UUUUUUUUGUGUGUGUGUCAUUCUCGUAACAACACAGAAUGGUUACAACUUAAUUUAUUGCUUUGCUCUCAAAAGAGCAAAACACUGAUAUUCUGUUGCGGCCAAAGGGAAUAAGAUCGUCCAGAACUUUGAUCUCAGUACCAAUAACAUAAAAUAUGAAGGUGUUUAUAACAUUGCUUUGUUUAUCCCUGGCCCUUGCCGAACCACCAGUCGGCGAUGGCUACGCUGCGGCACGAUCUGGACAUGAUCAUCAUCACGAUCACGGCCAUGGUUUUGGAUCACAACGGUCACUGUCUCAAGGAUAUUCUGCACCGUCAGCACGAAGCUUUGGAUCGUCCCGCAACGCCAUCUCCCAAGAAUAUGGAGCACCCAGCUUCCGUGACGCUCCGUCGACACAAUACGGGGCUCCUAACGCUAGAAGUGGUCUUUCACAAGAGUACGGUCUGCCAAAUGCAAGGAGUGGAAUUUCCCAAGAGUACGGAGCGCCCGCAGCCAGAGGUCUCUCCCAAGAAUAUGGCGCCCCCUCCGCCCAUGGAGCAGCACCUAGUUUAAGAAGUGGUCUCUCCCAAGAAUACGGCCCCCCAGGUCUCUCUGCUAGAACUCCAUCUCAGCAGUACGGCGCUCCAGACUUCCGGUCCACUCCCUCAGAAGAAUACGGUGUACCAUCACAAAGAAGCUUCGGUUCUCAAAGCUUUGGUGCUCCAUCUCAGAGCUAUGGGGCUCCAAACGCUCGCAACUCUCAAUUUCGCUCCACUCCCUCUCAGCAAUAUGGUGCCCCAUCAGCUCGCGCCAACGACAUCUCCCAAAGCUACGGCGCUCCCAGAUCUUCCUCUAAAUCUUCCCACGUCUCUCGAAGCUUCUCUUCCUUCGGCAGUGCUCGUACCCCGUCGCAAUCUUACGGAGCCCCAUCUUCUCGUUCUCUUUCCACUCAGUAUGGCGUGCCUGAAUCGAGGAAUGCUAACUCGUAUUCCCAAGGCUUUAGGUCUCUUUCGCAAUCUUAUGGCGCUCCUUCCGCUGGUGCGCGUGGUGUUUCUGAUUCCUACCUUCCUCCUAGUGCAAGAGGACUUUCCCAGGAGUACGGAGCACCAUCAAGCAGGGCUACAGAUUUGAACACCAACGCUUUCGCCUCUUCGUACGCAUCUGCCAGGUCGUCACCUUCGACUAAGUAUGGCGCGCCAUCUGCCCGCGAUGUCAUGCCUUCGGAAGAAUAUGGCGUCCCUGAACAAUACAAUUCAUUGUCCAGCCAGGGGUACAAUUACGCAAGGAACUCUAUUGACGAAUUGCUCAAUCAGGAACCGGCCAAUUACGAUUUCGGGUACAAAGUUAAUGACUACAUAAGCGGAAGCGAUUUUGGACACUCUGAAAGCAGGCAAGAGAACCGAGCGGAGGGCAGUUACUUCGUCGUUUUACCUGAUGGCACCAAACAGGUGGUGGAAUACGAAGCUGAUGAGCGAGGUUUCAAGCCCAGGAUCUCAGUGGAGCCAGCAGACGCGUCGGGCAGCGGUGGCUACGAUGAUAACGCGUCAGACCUGUCCAGGUCUGGUGAUGGGCCGUAUUAAUGAUGAUUACUGAGUACCCGAUGGAAAAUAACAGAUCGGCAUGGUAUAGCAAUGGACUUGGUUCGAAUUCGGUAUUAUUAAUCGACAUAUAUUGUGUUUUUCUUUAUGUAUAUUUUUUAUAAUACUUUUUUUUUUGGUGUAUGUUGUAAAAAAUAUUGUAAAAAAAUAGUUUUAUUUAUAUUAAGCUAUGUACUUUGGUAUUUUAUUUAUAUUAUGGACAUACUUAUAAGAUAAUUGUCAAAACGGGUUUUAUAUUAAUAUUUUUUUUCAAAAUAAAAUAUAUAUAUUGUAUAUUUGUAAAAAGAAAAUUCUAUAUCGUAAUAUGUAUUUGAAAAAUAUUUAAUAAUUACUUUAAAAACACAUAUACAGUUUUGAUACAAUUACAUGAUAAAUAAGUAGGUAUUUAUUUGUGAUAUACUUUAUAGCAAUUUUAUAUGUUAUUAUUUUCCUACACACUUAUAUAUUAUUUAGAAAAACAUAAAGAGUAGUAAAAAUAAUAAAUAAUAGUCUAUUGCUUUUAAUAAAUGUAAAAAAAAAAUACAUAAAAUGUCUCAAAGGCAUUUUGUUAAGAAGAUUCCUCAUGUGGACCAAUUUGAACGAAUAUGGAACGAUGGCUAAACUUAAUACUCAUUUAUUUAUUUAUUUUUUCUAGCAAAUGAAUAAAAAAAAAUAUAAAAAAAUGUACCUCUUAGAUAUUAAGUUGCUUGUGAUAUAUUUUGUAUAUUUUUGAGCAAAUAUACCUAUAUUUAUUUGUGGUAAA